AUGCGCGCUUCAAUCACUGCCGCCACGGCGCUGCUCGCCGCUUUGGUUUCUGCUCAUGGCAACAUCGUCUCGCCUCCUGCCCGUGGUGUCGGCGCCGCAAUGGCUGCAGCGUGUGGACAAGCGAACGUGAAGGCCGUGACGGCCGAUCCCACCAUUCCCUUGGAAGACUUCACCAACCCUCCUGCAACAUGCCAACUUGAUCUAUGCAGAGGAGCCAAGUUCGAGGACAACAAGGCCAAUGUCCAGACCUUCAAGGCUGGACAGGUCGUCAACAUGAAGGCCGAGAUCCCGAUCCCCCACGAGGGCCCCAUGAAUGUCUCCAUUGUCGAUACCGCAACCAACAAGGUUAUCGGACAACCUCUCAUCGUCUUCGACAGCUACGCCGACGAGAACCUCGCGGCACUGCCCAAGAACAACACCGACUUUGACAUCACCAUGCCCUCCAACCUGCCCGCGGGCACCUGCGCUCAGGCUGGCCAGUGCGUCGUUCAAUGGUUCUGGGUUGGCACUGCGGCGAAGCAGACAUACGAAAGUUGUGUAGACUUUGUUAUGGCUUGA